AUGUCAUUCGGGAAGAUCUACGGCAUGGCUGACAACCCUCGCACCACCGCGUGCAGAGUGGCAGCCAAGGCCAAUAACCUCGAUGUCAAGCUCAUCGAACAGUCCACUGUUCCUGAGGCCGAGUACGCGAAGUACAAUCCUCUGAACAAGAUCCCCACCUUUGUGGGUUCCAACGGCUUUGUCCUGACUGAGUGCAUUGCCAUUGCUGUCUACCUCGUUUCUCAAAAUGAGAAGACCACUCUUCUUGGAAAGACUAAGCAGGAUUAUGCUUCCAUCCUGCGCUGGAUGUCGUUUGCCAACAGCGAACUCGUUCCCACGCUUGGCAACUGGUUCCGCCCCCUUGUUGGACGAGACCCAUACAACAAGGCGUCUGUCGAUGCCAGCUCCAAGGCCGCUCUCAGAGCCCUUGCCGUUCUCGAGAAGCAUCUUACCACUAACACGUACCUGGUUGGCGAACGUCUCACCCUUGCUGACAUUUUUGCUGCCUCACUUAGCUCUCGCGGCUUCGAAUUUGUCCUGAGCCGCUCCUGGCGUCUGGAUAACCCCGCGGUGACGAGAUGGUAUGAGACGGUCAUUAACCAAGACAUGUACAAAGCCAUCGUUCCCAACCCAAUCUUUACCGAGGAGGGUUUGAAGAAUGUUGCCCCAAAGAAAACCGAGCAGAAGGCUGCCGCACCUGCCGCUAAACCCAAGGCCCCAGAGCUAGAGGAAGAAGAGCCCAAGCCCGCCUCAAAGCCCAAGCACCCCCUCGACUCCCUCUCCAAGCCAAGUUUGAUCCUUGACGACUGGAAGCGCAAGUACUCAAACGAGGACACCCGAUCUGUUGCCAUGCCAUGGUUCUGGGAGCACUACAAGCCCGACGAAUACUCCCUGUGGAAGGCUGACUACAAAUACAACGACGAGCUCAAGAUGGUAUUCAUGUCCAACAACUUGAUUGGUGGCUUCUUUGCCCGUCUCGAGGCUUCCCGCAAGUUCAUUUUCGGCGCUGCUUCCGUCUUCGGCAAGACCGGUGACUCCAUCAUCCAGGGUGCCUUUGUCAUCCGCGGCAACGAUGCCGCCCCAGCCUUCGACGUUGCCCCUGACUGGGAAAGUUACACCUUCACCAAGCUGGAUGCCAGCAAGCCAGAGGACCGCAAGUUCAUUGAGAAUCAAUGGGCUCAGGAUGUCUCCACCACUGUUGACGGUAAAGAGUACGAGUGGGCUGAUGGUCGUGUCUUCAAAUAG